AUGUCAUUUCGCGGCGGAUGUCGACGAGGAAAAUCGAUUUUUAUUCGCCACGGACUUCGAGGCGAGUUUCCACCCGGUCGUAUAAAGUGGCGUGGCCUCGAAGGCCAAGGGCACAUAUAUAGAAAACGAGGGCCGGUGCUGUUGACCUACGAUGGAGCUCGAACCGGUUGUCGUCGUCCGCUGCGGAGGCCUGCAUGGCAGCGCAAGUACCGGUUUGACAUUACCAGAAACAUGUUCACCACCGAGGCUUGA